AUGGAGAACUCAGAAGAUUUAGAAGAGAAUACCGGGGUAUUGGUUGCUGGUGUUGUGUAUGUUUAUAUGAAUCAGAACUUUCAUGUAUCCAGAAAUGUUAGAGCUCAAUGGUUUUUCAAACAUUUGCACAAAAAAUUGUCAUUCCUGCCAAAGGAUGAUUUAGCUAUUCAAGAAAAUGAAAUAGAAAUUUUAUCAAUUUACCCCCAGGAUCCUCCCCCAGAUUGGGGACCUGAUACAAGUUCUUCCUACCAGUAUUUUAUUACUUCCAGUACAAAUAUUGUUUAUUUAUCCAAAAACAAUAAAGCGGUUUACUGCUUAGAUCUUAGUCCGUCUCUUUCUGCUGUUGAUAUCCAACAUGGACAAGUUAUGUUAGAUGAAAUUAUAUCUGCUGUGAAAAAUAGCAUUGAAGGAAUAGUCAAACGGUUUGUGGUCCCAGGAACAAGAUUAAUAUUUGAACCUCAUUUAUUUGUUACUGUUAUAGUUCAUACACCAUUUUUCACAACACCAGCCCAGCAGGUUUUGGUCCAAGGCUGGCGUGUAACUGAAGCUAAUGUUGAAGAGUUUUUGGCGGCUAUUGUAAAACAAUUGGAACUUUUAGAGGAUACCAUUGCAGAAGUUUCUGGUUUGGUUCAUGAUGAAAUAGAGAGCACACAACUAAAACAAGCGGAAUCUGAACGUUUAGUAGGUGGCUUAUUCGAAGAAAUUUUAGAGAAGCCAAUGCCUCUUUGUAGUGUAUCAAUGGUUGGCCCAGAUUCAGGCUUUAUCAACUUACUUCGCUAUGGAAUGCUUGCCUUAAGACUUUUACCCAACUGUAAUUUAUCAAAUUUGAUUGUUGUUACUGAUGGAAUGAUUACACUACCUGAUAUUCAUGUUCUCGAUUCUGUAUUAACACAGCUGAGAAGUAAUGCAGUCACUGUGUCAUUUUUACAUGUUGGUAGCCAAUUUCACCCACAUUCUUGUCAUGGACUUGUUCCUUAUUCUGAGCUGAUGGAAUUCAUAGCUUCAGCAACACUUGGAACAUACAUUCAUUCUCCACCUGCCAUAAGUAAAAAUGACUGCUAUAAUUUUUACCAUGAAGCUUUUAUUACCUGGUGUUUUAGAAAAAAAAUCAUGGUUCAAAGCAUAAUGUUCGCAAAGGCUAAGACUGGCACUUGGAAAAUAAGCAAUCAAAGUUUUUAUGGAAAUAGAGAACACCAGAUGUUGACUAAAAAACAAAGUGAAGAGCAUCUUAUUGCUAGUCUUACAAGUGUUCUUUGCUGUCGAUUGCAUGAAGGCUAUAUAAUCAAGAAUGUUCUUGUUCGGGAGAAAGAACUAGAAAUAACUAUGGUGUUGCCUUGGUCCAAUCAUAUAUUUAUAGAAUAUGUAAUUACAUCAGAGUGGCCUAUUAGUAGCUUCAAGAAUUUGGUACAUUAUAGUUUAUCUGUUAAAGCACCAUAUGAAUUUCUUCAUGAUAUUACUUGUUUGAUGAAGAAACCGUUUCAUUCGCCAUACAGACAAGCUGUUGUUUCUCGUUUCUGGGGUACUUUAAAAACAUUAUCACACACAGAUCUUCUAUUAUCUCAUUUGGAUUCAUUUUCUGAAAGUCCAAUGGCUCAUACUAUUCCUGAUAGCAUAAAAAAUGGAAUGCCUUUAUUUUAUCUCCCAUCUAAUUUAACCCCUCCUGAACUUUCUUCAAGUGGAACAUCUUGUCCUUUAUUUGCUCAAUUUUGGAGGCCUGUUGUACUUCUAGAGCCGAGUGUUUGGCAAAAAUGGUUGCACACUCAUCGUCUUGGUUUAAUACUUCAACCUGACCGACCAUUGCCUCAUUCGUUGCAUGUACUUAGUAUAAAUCCCCGUUCUCAGAUAUUACAAUGUCGACAGGCUGAAGCAACAUUAUAUGGAGCAUUGAAGAAGUUGACAACCUUUGUAUUAAUAGAAAACCAUUCAUAUAUUAAAAUUAUGCCACCAACUGAAGGAGAUAAAGGACCUACCUGGUUUUUUAUUGUGCGUGUUACUUCAAAGCCACCAUGUGCUGUUAUACAUAUUGCUUUUCUUGGAGGAACUCCUGGGAACCUAAGGCAUCAGGUAGUUGAAGACAUCAAAGAAGAAAUUAAAAACCUGAGAAUAGCACAACGUGCGGAUUCACUGAGAAAAUAUGACCUACCUCUGGAAGCUCACUUGCGUUCUGAAGUUGAAUGUUGUACCCUUAUACAAAAGCCACUGGAAAAAAUACUUAUAAGGUAUGAAAGAAUGCCAUGUGAAUUUGGAACUGUGAUAUUUCCUGAUGGAACACAGCCAGUAAGUGCAGCUAAACCUUUGAAACCAGCAAGUACAUUAAUCACAACUCUUUCAAGAUAUUUACAUCACAAAAGAUCAAUAUGGGAUGCACACACUCCUCUUGCCUCUCACAACAAUUUAUUACCUACAAUGCUUACUACUUUAACCAGAAUGCGCUUACAGGAAGGUUUUAGAUUUGCACAUUGUACAGCUGGAAUUAUUAACAUGGUACUUGAAGUUCAAAUGAAGUGUUAUGAUGAAGAAGAGCUAUCUGAAAAUCAAGGAAAGUUUCAACCCUGCAUUAUUCAGUACAUUCUUUUUCCUCCACAUAUGACAAGUGCUAGUACAAAGGGCAGUAAUUCUGGUGAUGAAAUGCUUGAUGAAAAUGAAGCUGAAUUGCGAACUGAGCUAAUAACAGAAUGUUGGAUCGAACCCCAGCAUGGUGAAGUAAAUAAGAGCCCUGUAAACAGGGGAUACAUGGAAAAACUUCACUAUCACCAGAUCGCUGAUAUGAUUUGGAGAGUUGAUGCUGAAUGCAUUUCAAAUCUAUUGACAUUUGAUCAUCUCCAGCUAAUGUGCCACAACCAGCAAAUAACUCCUCCGAUAUCGCUUGACCCAUCUUCACUACAUCAAAAUCCUUUAGAGAACUGGCCACAUGCUGUUGCCAUUGAAGACGAAAGAAUUCAUCGUAUACCCUUUGCUUAUAAUUUAAUGAAUUUGCUACCAAAAUGUCAGCAAGCUGAACUGCUAUCAUCGAUGUUCAUACAAGAAUUAAGUGAUGAUUGGGAAAGUAAAAACAGAAAUGAUUCACCCAAUAAUUUGCUAAUGGAAAAUUUUCUCUUGCAACUUCAAGAAUUACACCAUAGAGAUCUUACUCUAAGUGACCAUGAGGCUACUCAGCUAUUGGAAUUGAUCACUAGUCGCCCUCGUGAUUGUUCGAAAAGGCCGAUUCCUUUUCCAACUGAACACAUUAAACCUGAGACAAGAAAGGUUUCUGUAGCAGAUUCUUCUGAAACUGUUGAAACAAUUCCUGUGGCUAAUGAUUGGGCUAGACUAAUAUCAUGGGCAACAUACCAAACUGAGGUUUCCAGCUCUUCACCAGGUUCUUCUGAUGAUGCCAAAAAUGCUAGAAGAUCUACAAAGAUACCUCUCUGGUUUAAUAAGAAAUAUAGGCCUCAAAUACCCAAGUGGAGGUGUUUUGUCAAAAGUAUGGCCUCUACACAUUGUGUAUUGACAUUUAUACCAGCUUCCUUCCAUGAUCUAAAAAUGCUUAUGCUUAAGAAUGAACCUAAGGUUUAUAAACCUGUUGAUGGCUCAAGUAGCGGAGAGGACCAAAAAACAAACAAACUUGUUCUUCAAUCAAACUUAAACCCAGAAGCAGAACCAUUCCACCCAAGAAAUGUAAUGGACACAGAAAAGUUGCAAAAUAGUAGUUCAAAAUCUUCUAGUAAAAGUAUUUUGGAAACCGAACAAAGUGAAGAUGAUUUAGUAUUUGAAUCUGUAUCUGGUAUGAAAGAAACAAAUAAAAUUUUAGAUAACCCUUUUCGUCUUCGUUCCAGUUCUUGGGAUCCUAUGAAGAAACAGUCAGAAGUUUCCAAGUUGGAUUUUAGAAGAACUAGAACAAGUUCAGUUGGCGCCAGAAUAAAACCAUGGCACUUCUUGAAAAAAUCUUAUGAUGAAAGCGAUGAUCUAAAAGUUUCUCAAAACUCUGUAUUAGGUGCUUUAACCUUACCAAUUUACAUAUAUGACUGCCCCUUAUCAAAUUUAGUCGAUGCUCUUAUUUUUAAAACAAGUUUUGAGAGGAGACCUGAUAUAUUCCAAGAUAGAACUAAUAAAAGUGAAAAAGUCCUUCAAAGUGAAAAUCCAUUAUUUGCUAAAUCAGAAACGGAUACAACCCCAGAUGAGCUUGAUCUUCAUCAUCAUUGCAAGGUUGUUUUACAGGCAUUCAGUAAGUGUUUUGUAGUUGCUCUUUUUAAAUCUCUUCACCUGAACCACAAAAUAAACACUUUAGAUAUUCAGACUGCUGUUGAUGAAUGCGAAGAAACCCUUCUAGAAAUAGAUAUAACAAAAUAUAUCCAGACAAUAUGUGGGCAUUAUAAACAGAUGUUGAUUGAAUCCAAUAAGUGUAAAAAUUUACCAGUUUUAUUAUCCCAAUAUUGCCAAAAUAAUGAGCUUAUACCUUUACACAAGCUUAUUAGACAAAGAUUUUUAGAGAUUUUGACUGUGUGUUUUAAAGCAAUUCCUAGUACUCCAGAAUACUACUUUUGUUGUCCUACACAACUCUCAAGAUUGGCUGUUGAUAAUCAGGAAUAUGAUAAUAUUACUUUACAAUCUGAUGUAAUAGAAUUCAGUAGUAAUCAGAACAGUAGUAUAGGUGUUUGGGACAGAAUUGGAUUUGAAUCUACAUUCGAUGAUGCUCGUACUUCACUAUUAUCUAAUAUGGAUUCAGAUAGCACUAGUGAUUCUUUAUACGAUGUUGGAGAUGACUUGUUUCCAUUGUUUCUUCAUUUAGUUUGUUCAGUUCGUUCGCAAAAUAAAGAUUUCAUGUUAAGUAAUGCAGUUAAGGUACUCCCAACUUGCAUAGGGGAGUUGUUUAGUGAGAGUAAAUUAAAUGAAGCAGCUGCAUUGGAUUUAGCUAGAGCAACUGUAACAUUAGAUAUGUACUGUUUAACCUUACCUGCACCUUACCCUGCAGACUUGCCUAUUUCUGAAAGUAAUCAAAACUCAGAUGCUAUUGGCUUAGUUUCUUCUCAUUGUGAUUCUCAGAUACUUGGGUUGAACGAGCAACAUUACGCUUGCGAAGGUUUGAAAACAAUUGAUAGAUUACAACAUCUACCUUUUCAACAGCACAAGGCUAUAAGUGUUUGUGUUACAGAGAUUGAAUGGUUUUUGAAUGAUGAAAUUGCUGUUUUUCUACUCGACUGUUUACAAGUUGUUGAAUCAACUCUAAUAUUUGUUGCUAACCAUGUUGCGAAUUCGGUUGGUCGCUAUAGUUGUAUUUUAAACUCUGUGCAUCUAAAUUUUGUUUUUGGUAUCAAACCUAGUCUAGAAAAGUUCAUAGAGGAAUUUUCCCAGCUUAAACUUCCAGGGUAUAAACUGAAAAAAGAAGGAGAUUUCUAUUAUGUUAUAAAAGAUCCAAGUACUUCUAUGCCAACAAAAUAUUAUUCUUUUUCAUCUCUUCCUGAAAUGAGUGCUAUUUCUUCAGGUGAAGAAAUAAAAAUCAAUGAAGUAAUGAAUACUGGAACUAGUAUUUCAGAUACCAGGUUUGAGGAUUGGUGCUUCUUUCCAAAGAAUUAUUCUUGUAGUAUUUCUAAUAAAUGGAUUGCUGAAUUAAAUGAUUAUCGCAAUGAAAUUCCUAAUUUCUGGUUGAUUUUAAAAGUAGACGAAGAAAAAGUUACUUCUUACUUUCAUUGCAGGUUUUUAGAAAUUCAUUGUGAAGAAGUUCAACAUUACAAAGAUGUACAUGCCCAAGUUCUUAAUAAUAUUGAAGCUGUUUGCAAAGCUGUUAACCAAACUUUGCUUUUACGUAGUUUACAUGAAACCCGAAUGUGUGAUCCAUUACUUGAACCUGAAACAACUGAUGAUAUUUGGAAACCUAGCCAGCUUCUUGUUAGGAGUACUGAAGAUGGUGUAGAUAUUGACAUGAGAGGAAGCUAUGCUGAAGUUAUUCAGAAAUUUCAACCUGGAUGGUUUUCUUGCCCUGUGGUGUGGCAAACUCAUUUUCUUUUGCACCCGAGACUCAAGACUGGUCCCGGUAAACCAGGCCUAUCAAGAGCUAUACAAGCUUUAAGAACAGUAUUGAAUAGAUUUUCUGUGAAUAACAGAACAAAUAUGUUUGUGUAUCAAGAUAACCAUCAAAAUAAUGUCUUUUAUUUGAGACUUCAUGAAAAUACAAGAUUCAACUCAAAAGUCAGUGGUCCAGAAGAGGAUAGUUCACCAGGUUCUGUUUCAAGAAGUUCUUCUAUCAAUUCCUUAAACUAUAAAAGAACUAAUGAAGAUGUUUCUACAAAGGACAUUAUACCUAAAUUAAAAUCUUUGGAUGAAUUCAGUGAUAUUUCAAGUCCAAGAAAUGAAGAUUUCUUAACCCUUAAAGUUCAUGGGAUAUCUCCAGCUGGAAUGGAAGUAAAAAAUGAGUUGGUUCAAGUAUUACAAAAUCGUCUAGAUGAUGCUGUUUUAGAAGUUGUGUCAGUAAUGUUAGCAAGGAAUCCCAUGUGUAAACUUACACCUGAUGAUGUGCAAUUUAUUCAAAAACCUAAUAGUAAUCCUGAAGACAUUAUUCAGAUAUCAUUUCCUAAAUAUUGUUACCCAUAUUUGGGAGCAUUGUCCUACUAUUUAAAGCAAAAUAUAUUACAAUUUUUGUUUUCUCCUAAAUAUAUCGAUACCCGAUGUCAGUUUCAAGAUUAUUCUCAACCAGAAGGAUCUCAAAAAAGAAUCAAUGACUCUAACUUAUUUUUAUAUAAUCAAAGCCCUGUAUCAGGAAAUAAAGGCAUAGCUUGUUUAGCUAUUUCUCUUGUUGAUAAAAGUGGAAAUGUUAUUUCAAACAAAGAUUUUAAAAAUGCUCCAUUUGAGGACUUAAAUGUUUGUUUAGAUAGAGAAAAUUAUGAAAAACUAACAACAUGUGAAGUUUUUGAUUCUUCAGAAACAGAAUUAUGUCCAGAGGUAUUACUUGAAAUCAGGUUGUGGAAACAAGGCAGAAUUAACAAAGAAGCAUUGAUAAAUAAACUUAAGAACACCUUACAGUAUGCACUAUGGGACUUGAUAACCGAAUAUUAUAUAUUUAGGACUCCUAUAUUCGAGGAAUAUGAUGAUUUUGUGGCAACCAGUUUGAUAUUAAGUAAACUGUAUCAUAUAUUAGUUCCACAAUGGCUUCGAUUUGGUUAUGAAUUAAAUGUACCAGCUGUUAAAACACAUUCAAUAAAAUUAAUGUCAAGACAUGCUGUCAACAUUACAUUGAAAGAGAUUAAUCAGCUGGUGGCACCUCAAGAACAUUUCACCUUUAUAUGUUGUGAAAACCUGGAAAGAAACAGAGCAGAUUUGAUCACUGGGUGCAUUGAAGUACCUUGUUCAGCUAACUGCUUAUUGAUUUCAGGAAACAUACCACAUUGGAAAAGUUAUAGUGAUGGUGAAGUGGCUAAUAAUUUCGACACAGAACCAAAAAAUCAAAAAACAAACCAAAAAUUUUCACAGCUGACAUUCUCAUCACAUGAUACAGGGCAAAUAACUAUUCCUCGACAAACCUUUUUAAUAGCAUUAAUUAAUAAUUAUGAGGUUGAUUUAUUUAUGUAUAACUGGUCUAAAGAUAGAGUAGAAUUCAUGACAAAGCUUUUAACUCAGCUAGGUCAAUGGCUUGGUUCUCGAUCUAACUUUUUAACCGGAAUUAUUACUCAAAAAAUGGGUCUGUUUCAUAACCAGCCUUAUAUGCGGAAAUCAGCUGCACAAAUCAAUUAUCCUGAAGGAAAUGACUUAGAUAGUUUGAUGACUUUUGCUCCAACAGCUUCACGAAAAAUCGGAUUCAAUACUUUGUCCAACUAUACUCAAAUAUUGAGGGAUUCUGAACCUGUUACAUUAAAGAAAAUUACAAAUGAUCCUGUUUGUGAAAAUAUAAAUCAGAUAAUGAGUUUAAAAAUAUUGGACAGAAGAGAGCAACAGAAAAAAUUAAGAGUUAUGUGGCAGAGUAGAGCAGCUACACAUAUACCAAUGUCAGAAGAUACAUUAGAAUUAUUCAUGCGCUAUUCACGUAUUGUGCAUUAUUGCCUUACUCCCCUUCUUUUUUUACCCAAUUGGAGACUUCAAUCAGCUGCAACUCGAGAUCAAUCUCUUAUAGUUAGUCCUCCUCUACAGGUCUAUGAUAGUAGUAAAAGGCAAGAAUUUGAUUGGCAUGAAAAAUUAUGCUUGGUUUUUUUGAAUGAGUACAAACAGUAUCUUCAGACAUUAGGAUUUGUUAAUAUACAAAUGGCUCCAAGCACUCCCUUGCAAAUGAAUCAGAGCAUAUAUGAUUCUAGAAAAGGCUCUAAACAUUUUUUGCAGCGAUCUUUGCUUGGUGGAGUCUUAAUGUUUGAACUAUCAUUGUGUGAACCCUUUUUUCAUGUAAAAUUACAUGCCUUAGAAUGUUCUCGAAUCCAGGGUAAAUCUACCCCCUCCCUGAUUACACAAAUUGUUUUUAACUUUUUGGAAGAAAUUGAUAAGAUGAAGGUUUCAAUGCAUCUUCAUUCAUUUGCUUAUGAUUAUCAUCUUCGAUGUCUCCAUUCAUACAUUUCAGAUCCUCAAUCUUACUUAGAGACAGAAUAUCACAUAACUAGUUUUCUUGAUGAUUUUUUAAAGUAUUAUCCUAAAGCUCCAAAUUUUGCUCGGAAUUUGGCAUAUUCAGGUUCUUUGUGUGUCUCUGAUUUAUCUACUCCAGCUCUCCAACUUUUUCACUAUUUGCUUAGUCACGCAAAGGAUUAUGACAUGGAAGUUAAAAGAAUGGUAUUCAAUGAAAAAAUAGAAACAGAAUCCACUUCCUCUCAGGAAUGUGAAUAUGUUCUUGUGAAGGUUGGACCAGCACCUGUAGUUACCUAUCGAGAAACCCAUGAUAUCAAGCAUAUAGAUGAUUUGGAUAUGACUCUAAUAAUUACCUAUGAUAGGUCUAGUAGAAAUAUAACAAUUAAACUUCACUAUUAUAUUGUGCUUACUACUAAUAGAGAUCUAUAUCCUAAACUGGAAAUGGAAUGGAAACUUGGAAAGUUUUGUAAUGUAUCUACACUCAGUUGUCUAAAUGCUCAAAUUAAUACAAAUAACACAGAGGCCUUAAAUAGUACAGAAACUGAGACAAGUCAACUUAAUAAUUCUUCAGAAUCUAUUGAGGACACAGAACAUCUUGGAAUAAGGCAGGAAGCAGUUAAUUAUUUAGGAUAUUACUCUUCUCAUGAACAACUGAUGCAUGAAAUUGUGUUAGAAGAAGCUUCUGCUGCUCGAAAAAACAUUGAAUGUAUGAUUAAGAAAGGUUCAGUAGACUGCAGAGUUCAUCUUUUAUGGAAUAAACUCCUCUCAAAUUCAACCUCUAAUCCAUUAUCGUACAUAGAAUUGUUUGAAAUGAAGGAUUUAGCAUAUAUUCAGAGUUUUCUUGAACUAGAUGUGAGACUUUCACCAAUGCUUACACAACCUGCUUACUGGUACCAGGGCCUAAUGAAAAUAUUGAUGGCCAAAUACAGUGAUCGAUACAAACUUUUCUCUUCUAGUGAUAAUAAUAAUCAACACUUGCUUAUACUUCAUCCUCGAUUUCUUGAUGGCUUUGUCAUGUUAUCCUUGGAUUUGAAUAAUAAUGCAGGGGAGAUAAAUGUCAUCUUCAGGCAGCCUCCUGCUUCAAAUUGUGAAGCUAUUGCUGAUGAUAUUCACAGUUUGAUUGAAGGUGUUAUCAAUGCUUGCUGUUACCAUUUGUGGAUAUCUCUGAUAACUUAAUACAUUACUAAAUCCAAUUUGUAAAAGUGCCUUAAAACUGAAAUUGCCAUCACUACAUUCCCUUUUUCUCCUCGGAGAUAUUACCACUGUAAUCAAUUCUUUAUUAAUGAGUUAAAAAUUGAGAAUUAAUAGUACUGAUGUUUAUCUGUGAUUUAAAACAUAUUUUAUAAAUAAUUUAGAAUAUUUUUUUAUUUUGUUAGUUUUAUUUAAGCAACUUAAGAGACAUAAGAUUGUCAGAUAAGGUAAUGAGAAUUGUAAUUGCUCAGUGAUUCUCCAAUCCUUUCAUAUUGUUAUUUAGUUCAAAUAGUUUAUGUAUUUAUAAAUGUUACUAGUUAUAAGUAUUAAAGAGUUUUUGCCAUUUAAGGUCGUAUAGCUAUUAAUUUGCUCAUAUAAAAGUUAAUGUUACUUGUUAAACAUCUAGUCUAUCUAGUGCUUAAUUUCAUGGUUAGUCUUUACAUGUAAUAAGGAUUUUUUAAGGUUUUCAGUGUGCCAUGUAAGGCUUGCUUAUCUUUAUACCUCACUCAAGAGUUAAUUGUUUGUUUUUUUUUAAACUAAACAGUAUUUAUGUAUGUUUGAAAAUUUAAUUUUUUGAUUAAAAUAAAUGAAUGUCUUUAAAUAGAAAUACUCAUUUAGAGUCAAUUAUAUGUUAUAAUUUGAAAUGCUAAGUAAAAUAAUCUAUCUAUUCAGUAUUUUUUUUUCACAUUUUUACAAUCACAAAUGUUUCUUUGGCUGUAUUGGACAAUGACAAUUAUUUUAAUGAUUAUAUAAAUUUAGAGAGGAAUGAUUCCAUGAACCAAAGAAAAAUUAUUAAAAUAUCAUCAAGUUUAAAAAAUUCAAAAACAAAAUGAAAAUUAUGCCCAUUUUCAUUUGGAACUUUGAUGACAGUAAUGUAAUGUAUUUUCUGUGGACAUUCAAAAAAAUCUAUUUAAUUCUAUGUAUGUAAACAAAUUAAACCAGACAAAUUUAUAAUUCUGUUUUAUGAUCUCUGCUUUGUUAUAAUUUACUGAUAGAACUUUUAAUUCUAAUCAAAACCUUUAUACAGUUGAAUUUCUUAUUAAAUAAAAGCAAUUCUUUAUAAAUAACAUUUUUAUUGUAACAUUCAUAUGUAGUUUCUAUUCUGGAAUUAAAAAAAAAAAAGUAUAUUUUCCUUUAAGCGAACUAUCUUAUGAAUGUUAUACCUUCUUUGUAAAGUUUGUUAUAAGACGACCACUGUAAAAGUGUAAAAAUUGAUUAAAAUGUUCUAAUUUUCUUUUAUAUAAAAAAUAAGACAUUAUUGAGCUCAUUAUCAAAUGCCACCGUCAUUUUUUUUUUUUCAUAUUUUCAAGAUUCCAAUUUUUGUGAGAUUUCUGUCUUAUAGAAUAUAUUUGUUUUUAUUUAUUUUUUUGUUUUGUUUCAAUUCUGUUUUCUUAAUGAUUUGUGUUCUUUAUAUAAAUAAUGAUGAGCUUAAUAUUGAUCAAGUCUGUUACCUGGAAAUAACUAAUAUUCCUUAAUAAAUAUAUAGUUAAAGAUAGAAAUUAAUCAUUAUAAGUUAAUUGUUGUAUGUUUAGAGAGAAACAAAUCUUUGCAUUUUAUUGUUGUACUACCCAUGACCCAGUUUUUAUUUUAGCAAUUUUAUGCAGUUUUUUUUUACCUUUACUGGUAAUGUAUCUGAUUAGCUAAAAUUUUCUUUUCUUUAUAUUCAAUCAAGGAUUGUGUUUUGAGACUCAAAGGCUUGGUAAUUUAAGGGCCUCUUUCUAAUAUUUUCUCAGAAUUUUCCAAUCUAGUCUUCAAUUAAGCUGUUUGUUUUCCAGUAUAGGUUAGGUUUUCUUAAUUUUAUCUUGUUUCAGAUGCCAUGUUUGUAGUUGAUAUUUGAUAGGUGACAUUUUACCUGAAUUAAAGUUGUAUUAUAAGUCAUUGUUUACAUUAUUUUUCAUGUCAUGAACAUCUUCAUCGUAUUUUAAUAUAUCAAAUUAUAAUUUUAGGAACAAGAAUGUUUUUUACUCAAUAUAUAACUAAACUUAAGAAAAUAAUAUAUUCUUUCAAUGAUUUCUGUUACACAUAUGUUUACAAUCAAGUAUUAAACAUUUUCUAUUAUUGGUCAAAUUUUAUUUAUAAUUAUGUGAAUUAAUAAUUAGGAUGUAUUGUAAAAUAAUACUUUAAAACUAAUAUUUGAAAUAAAUUAUUGUAAAGUCGUAUAUUAAAACUAUGCUUUGUUGUAAAAUUAUUCUUUCAAAUUAAAUUUUGAAUAUAUGAACCAUAUUCUUUAGAAAAAAAAGGUUUAUUAAUAGCUAAUUGACAUUGACAGAAUUAUUUUAAAAACAAAAUAUUUUAAAGGAUAUUUAUCUUAUAUUUGAUAGAUUGUAGUUUUUCAUAAAUGUGUUUUUAAAUUAUUUAUAUUUUUAAUCUUAUAAAUGUCUUGAACUAUCAAAUUAUGUUCAAAUAUGAAAAAUCUAAGUCAAAUAUUUUCUUUUACCUUUCAACUGAAAUGAGAUUUUAAAAGGUGAAUUAUUCCAUCAUUAUAUAGUUUAAUAUUUAUUUUUUAAAAACAUUAAUUUUAUUUAAAUUUAUGUUUUAUUAAUGCAAAAUAAAAUUAACAUCAUGUUUAUGUUACAAAUGUUAGUUCCAGUUCUUAAAUAUUUAAAGGAAGGAGAUAACAUUUUUUUGGGAUUAUGCAAAAAAAUUAUUAAUAUUGAAUUAAGUGUUCAAAUGAUAGGGCCUGUGAUAUUAACACUGAUUAGAAUUUAAUUAUGUUUACUUCAUUUUCUAUUCUUGAUUUUAACCAUAUGUUUGCUUGAAAUCGCUGAUUUUCCUGUAAACAUUUUAUGUCUUUUAUUGUUUGUUUUUCUAAAUUUUCAUUAAGAAGGGGUUCUUUAGUAAACUCAAAUAUAUUUAAUUUAGCAUUUUAAAAUCAAGAACAGAUCUCUCAAUUUCAUAGAAAUCCAAUAAGCAUGCAUUUGAAAAAUGGAUAUUUGUUGUUAAAAUUAUGUAUGUUUAAAAAAAAGUUCUGAUUGGCAGGUUAUUCAUUAUUUUUGUGAGUGUUCAUAGGUUUGUUUAAUCUUGUAAUUUUGUUUUAUGAUACAUGUUUGCUCAUCUCUACAGUUAAAUAUUUUUAUAUUGUAAAACAAUCUAUUUUAUAUAAAAGACUGGUUCAUAAAUUGUAAUUGAUAAUUAUAUGUCCCUUGUUAAUUUGAUUUUCUCAAUGAUCAAAGAAUUAUAGUUUUAUAUAACUGGGUAUUUGUUUGUUAUGAUUAUUAAUCCCUUAUACAUUCACCUAUGAAUUUCAU